ACCCUAACAUGUGUUAGGGCAAUUUUGACCCCUCAAGUUAAAGUUAAGUAUCUCCUCCCCACUGCAACACACAACAAGCAGCCUAUAUCCUCAAAACGCCCAUCUCUUCCUGGCCACCACUUUAGCCAAACACAUACACCGGCAACCUUAACCCAAUACACCGACACUCCGGCGUAUACGCUGUCGAUACACCUUUUCACAACUCUCUAAUUUUUCUCGCUCUCUCUCUCUUUUUUUUUUUUUAAUCUUCUUCAGCCAGCCACCAUCAUGGAAGAGACAGAUAUGGUUACAUCUGGAUCCCUUCUGGGUCGUCAUUAUAAUGACAAAGUUCAAAGGGAAGCUCCUCAACUAGUUACAGUAUUAAAAGAUAUGAAAACUGGACUCGACGAUUUGGGUGCCAAAGUUCGACUCCUUACUUCAAAGGUAAAGUCGGGUGCUUAUCCAACAGCCGAUGGGAUCAGCUAUCUUGAGGCCAAGCAUUUGCUUCUUUUGAAUUAUUGCCAGUCUCUUGUGUAUUAUUUGCUUCGAAAAGCAAAAGGACUUUCAAUUCAAGGACACCCUCUUGUCCAUAGUCUGUUAGAGACAAGAUUGUUUUUAGAGAAGAUACGUCCAAUCGAUAAGAAGUUGCAAUACCAAAUUCAGAAACUAACGAGUCUAACAGGGAAUCCAACAGAGGGUGUUGGCUCAGGCGACAAGAAACCUAAUGAAGCAGAUGAUUCUUUGAAGCUCCGUCCAAACCCGGACAUGCUUAUUGACAAAGUUGCUCCCGAGGAUAAUGAUGGUAAGUAUCGACCUCCAAAGAUUGCUCCAGUAUCUAUGGAUGACAGUAAGACCGCGAGACAGGAGAGAAAUGUGUCAAGAAAAGAGAAACAAGCAUUCAGGCAAGCUUUGCAGAGUGAAUAUGCAAGAGAUUUAAUGAAUGAUCUUGAAGGAAGGCCUGAAGAGGUGAGGGAGGUUAUCGGAACUGAAGAUAGAGAUGUGGUGAAGAUGAAGGCAGUACUUGAAGAUCGUGCAAGGAGAGAAGAGGAGCUCUUCACUCGUGCUCCUCUUUCUAGUAUGGAAAAGAAGAAGCUGUACCGUAUGCGCAAAUCAAGAAGCGGCCUGCAAGGUCUAGCUGAUGGUUUCUUUGAAGAUGUUAAAUCGUUACCUCUAGAGGAAGGUGUUGGUGGCCAAACAACAUCUUUCAUGAAUUCCGAAGGUGGAGAAAGGAAGUUCAAGAGACGCAAGAGAAAGCAUUAGUGAUGUCUAGGAUAGAAGUCAGAAGCUUUGAGCAGAUCCAGAUGUGUUAUUGUGAGCCCUUUUUGGUUAAGACAGGAAUUGCAAGUUUUCGUAAAAAACUAGAUGGAUAGAUGGAACCUUAUGUUUGUUGUCAUUUACCUUGUGCGGGUAAGUGAAAGUAGGCAUAUAUUGUACUUGGUACUUGCAGAGACUUGUUACCCAUUUAACUUGUAUGAAGUAUUUUUGCAUCUGUAGAUUUUCCUUUUUUCCAUA